UUCUCACUCGGAGGAGCAUCUCCCUCCCACCGCCGUGGCCCCCGCCUCUCCUUGGCACUCAGCACCACGACCCUUCGGCUUCGUAUCGCUCCGACGACUCCAAGAAAUCGAACCUCCCCCCGCCCCCCGCCCAAGCCGUAAACCCUUUCUGCGCUCAAGCCCUAACUCCCCUCCUCCACCUCCUCUCGAAAACGCCUAAGCGUGGAGGGAGAAAACCUCGUGCCCUCGUGCCCCGGCUCGAUCAAGAUUUGAUCUUUUUGCCUUAUUCUGGAGGCGUCUGAGGAGCUGGGGUUGGUUUGGUUUCUUUUGUCUUCCAUUGCUGCGUUAGGUUUGGUUUCUGUGAUUGGAUCGCGGCUGAUUGAUUCGGACGAUGGACAAUCGGGAUUCGUCAGGGUCUCCGGCGGCGGUGGCGGGCAAGGACGGGUCCGCGAUGGACGACGGGCUUUUUUUGGUUACGUCGGGGCUGGCCAAGGAGGCUGCCGUUCUUUUUCAGAGCCGGCGCUACACUGAGUGUAUCGAUGUGCUGAAGCAGGUGUUGCAGAAGAAGGAAGAUGAUCCGAAGGUUCUUCAUAACAUAGCUGUUGCAGAGUACUGUCAUGAUGGUUGUCCUGAUCCAAAGAAGCUGUUUGAUGGGUUUGAUAGGGUUAAGACAACAGCUCUUCAUGUGUGCCGUCUCGUACUGGAUAUUGCAUUAUCUUCCCAAGAUACAUCAAAAGCUGCAGAUGUAAUUCAAUAUCUGGAAAAAUCCUUCAGUGUUAGCUCUUUGUCAAACCAAAGUGAUAAUGGAAGAUUGCAGCAACAACCUUUGAACCAAUUUAAAGUUUCUGGAACAAGUAACAUUGCUGCACCAGAUGCUUCUAGUUUGGAUUCAAGUGCCUGUGCAAAUGCUACCGAGAACCCUCUGGUGGGAAAUUUAUCUGAUGAGGCAUUAGAGUAUUAAACUUUGUACUCAACAUUGGGUGGCGGAAAGCAGAACUUGGGUAACCCAACCACAAAUGAUCACUCAAAAACGUCGGCUGAUUGGGCUGCUACUGCCACUGAUUUAAAACUAAAAAUGCAUCUUUACAAGGUCCGACUUCUGCUUCUUACUAGGAACCUGAAGACUGCAAAGCGUGAGCUUUAGCUUGCUAUGAACAUGGUACGUGGUAGAGAUUUAUCUACAGAGCUCCUCCUGAAGUCUCAGUUAGAGUAUGCUCGUGGUAACCAUCACAAGGCUAUAAAACUAUUGGAUACAAUUAGUAACAGAACAGAACCAGUAAUGCUCAGUAUGUAUAACAACAAUAUUGGGUGCAUACUUCACCAGCAAAGGUCCCACCACACAUCAAACUGGUUCUUUAACAAGGCACUGAGACACAGCUUGUUGCUUCGAUCAGAGAAGCCUCUGAAGCUUGCUGUUUUUUCACAGGACAGAUUUUGUCUCAUUGUGCACAACUGUGGGCUUCAGCAUUUAGUAUGUGGAAAGCCAUUGGCUGCAGCUCGCUUUUUUCGUCAAGUCAUUCCAGUCUUUGGCAACCGACCACUUUUCUGGCUUCGUUUUGCUGAAUGCUGUCUGCUAUUAUCAGAGAAGGGGUUGCUAGGUGGUUCUUCAAGUGGCGAAGAGAUUAAAGUUCAUGUUGCUGGUUCAGGCAAAUGGCAGCAACUAGUUGUCAACAAUGUGAACUCGAGAUCUACCGAUUCAGAUUCUAUAGCAGGAGAUGCUGUGACCAGUGGUGAUGAUCAGAUCUUGAUCUCACUUCCAUUUGCUCGGCAGUGUCUUCUCAAUGCUCAGCUUUUAUUGGAUACUUUGGAUCGGAAAAUGACAAAACUUGAUGCCACAGACUUUGCAUUGGAAGCGGCCGAUCCUAACCAGAAGCUGAGCAGUGACUCGAAAGCAUCAAAUUCAACAUCAGCGUCUACAACAGUCGGUGCAAGUUGUGAUCCUCAAGAAACAAAUGGUGGUACAGGUGCAAAUACUACCUUACAGAUUUUAGUUGCUGGAUAUGAAGUCAUGGGCAGAAAAGAGAACCAGAGAAUAAGGCAAGCUGUUUUAGGCGACCUAGCGUACGUGGCAUUGUGCUUAGAAGAUCCCUUGAAGGCAUUGGUUGCUGCGAGGUCCCUUCAGCAGCUGCCAGAUUGUUCCAAAAUGUAUCUCUUUCUUAGCUAUGUAUAUGCUGCUGAAUCACUCUGUCGCCUGAACCAACCUAUAGAAGCUGCAGAGCAGUUGUCAGUCUUUGUCACAGAUGGAAGAAACGUCGAGUUGCCAUACACUAAUGAAGACACACAGAAAUGGAGUGAUGAGAAUGGUGCUGAUUGUGGGGAGUUGAAUGGUUCUGCAACCGCCAAAACAGCUGUGGAAGGGACCAAAAAAACCAUGGAAGAGUCUCAAGAUAUGGGUUUCCUGAAGCCGGAAAAGGCUCGUGGGGUACUUUAUGUAAACCUUGCUGCCAUCUCUGCGAUGCAAGGGGUUCUUGAGCAGGCCAGCCACUUCGUAAAGCAAGGUCUCUCUUCUCUGCCCAACAAUCCAAGAGUAUUGCUUGCAGCAGCAUAUGUGGAUCUUCUACAAGGGAAAGCACAAGAGGCUCUCGUGAAGUUGAGAAAGUGUAGGAGGAUAAGAUACCUCUCUACUAACGUGACAAUUAGCAGCUGAGAUUAAUGUUCACCGUCUCAAUACCGGACUCCAUACUGGUGCUAUACUAGCAUAGCAUAAGUAUGGUACGGAAUUUUUUUUUGACGUACCAAAUGUCGAGUAUGUACCUAUUGACUCAACUGUUUCCGCUAUCCCUUCGGAGUCACAGUCGACUACUUCUCCCUCUCAUCCGGAGUCGUUGCGAUUACCAACUGGUUCUGUUACUUAACCAUCUGAGUAACAAACCAAUCUUGUAUCCUGAUCUCCCAACGAAACAGAGAUAUCUCACUGUGUAUUUAUAUUGGCUGUAUCGUAAUGAGAAGUAAUGCAAUUUGUUCUCUCUCU